AUGUUCAUAGCCAACAUCUCUCCAUCCACCUCGCGCUCGCUGUUGCGAACACGCCUCGCACCAGCGGCGUCGCCUUUCGCCAUCCUCACGCUCUCCCAUCGAAGCUAUGCGUCCGAAGCAGCCUCGUCCACGAAGCGCAAAAAGCGGCUCGUGGUGCUCGGCACGGGCUGGGGCGGCUAUGCGUUCCUGAAAGCUCUCUCCCCUGCUACGCUGCGACACUUCGACGUCAAAGUGGUCUCGCCGACCACGUCCUUUUCCUUCACACCCUUGCUGGCGCAAGCGAGCUGUGCGACGCUCGACUUCCGAUCCGCGGUGGAACCGAUCCACAGCAACCCGGGGAUGGAGUAUCACCACGCAUGGUGCGACGCGGUCGACUUCCAGGCGCAGCGCAUCGAGAUUACGUCGGCGUUCAACCCGCAGUUCCGACUCUCGGACCCCCUGCUCACAGGCGCGCGAGAGGAGGUGGUGCAACAAGAUGCGGGGAAACGCGCGACGUAUGGACUAGAUUACGACUACCUGGUGGUGAGCGUGGGGUCAUAUAAUCAGACAUUCGGGACGCAGGGGGUGAAGGAGAACGCACUAUUCCUCAAGGACGUCGGUGACGCGCGGGCGAUUCGGUGGAGAAUCCUGGGUUUGUUCGAAACGGCCAAUGUGAAGCAGCACGCUUUUGCGGCGCAAAGGGAUGGAGAGGUGACGCAGGAGCAGGAGGACGAGCUGCGCAGACUGCUGAGCUUCAUCGUCGUUGGCGGUGGGCCGACGGGCUCCGAGUUUGCGGCGGAGCUGCACGACUUGAUCAAGCAAGACCUAGCGCGGCUGUAUCCGAAUCUGCGCGCCUACCCGUCGAUCCGCCUUCUCGACGCCGGCAGCACGAUCCUGUCGUCCUUCGAUGCCGGCCUGGCGGACUACGCGAUGAAGAAGUUUGCGCGCGAUGGCAUUGACGUGCAACUACACGCCAAGAUCGCGCGCGUCGAGCGCGACGCUGUCAUCCUCACUGCCACCGACGGUCACGAAACACGCAUCGGUGCAGGCAUGGUCGUGUGGAGCACGGGCAUCACCACGUCGCCACUCAUCGAAGCCUUCCGUGGCGUCGGCAAGGAACAGCGCACGCGCAAGGUGCUCACCAACGACACGCUCCAGCUCCUCGUCGACCCGCGCGCGCACAGUGUCGGCGGCUCGGUGCUCAACCCACACGCCGACGAGCUGAGCACGUCAGCCCAAGCGGACGCGGCGGAUCUCGUGGCCAUGCCCAACGUCUUCGCGCUCGGAGACUGCGCGAGCCAGAUCACCACGCCACUCCCCGCAACCGCCCAAGUCGCCACCCAGAAGGGCCAGUACCUCGCCCGCCUGUUCAACACCCACCUCCUCACACCCUCCAACAACCCCCGUGCAGCUCCGCCAGCGAAUCCAUUCAAGUUCGCCGACAAGGGCAGCAUGGCAUCCAUCGGCUCCGGCAAGGCCCUCAUCGAUUCACCGGUGAAGAAGGAAUCCGGCGCCCUCGCCUGGCUGCUAUGGCGCUCGGCAUAUACUAUCAUGAGCAUGAGCUGGAGGAACAGAUUCCUAGUACCCGCCAACUGGGCGAGCAACAUGCUCUUCGGUAGGGAUGUAGGCCGCUUCUGA